CCCGUCCUCCAGGAUGAGACCAGCCUGCCAAGUGAGCUGCAGAUGCUGAGGACCUGGUUCCAGAGCAUGACGCUCUCAGAGGCCUGCAGGAAAGCUGCUGACUCCGUUCUGGUGCCCAAGGCAUUGCUGGAGUUCAAGUCCUACCUGCAGAAGCAGCCUCCGCCCUGCCUGGCCAUGGAGAGAGAAGAAGAAGGUUCUGAGCGUGCCCUGACGGAGGAGGAAAUCGCCGCUGCUGCGGAUGCCUGGGCCCGUGGUGCCGCAGUGCUGCCCAAGCGCUGGGACCCUCAGAAACCUGUGCUGCCCGUGGAGGGCAGAAGAAACAUCCUGAUCACCAGCGCUCUGCCCUACGUCAACAACGUGCCUCACCUGGGCAACAUCAUUGGCUGUGUCCUCAGUGCUGACACCUUUGCCAGGUACUGCCGCCUGCGGGGCUGGAACACGCUGUACGUGUGCGGCACGGAUGAGUAUGGCACGGCCACCGAGACCAAGGCGGUGGAAGAGGGGCUGACGCCCCAGGAGAUCUGCGACAAGUACAACGCCAUCCACGCUGACAUCUACCGCUGGUUCAACAUCUCCUUCGACUACUUUGGCCGCACCACCACGCCGCACCAGACAAUCAUUGCCCAGGACAUCUUCCAGCGCCUGCUGGCCCGGGGCUUCCUGCUGCAGGACACUGUGGAGCAGCUGCGAUGUGAGAAGUGCCAGCGGUUCCUGGCCGACCGCUUUGUGGAGGGCACCUGCCCCUUCUGCAGCUAUGAGGAGGCCCGGGGGGACCAGUGUGAUAAAUGUGGCAAACUCAUCAAUGCUGUGGAGCUGAAGAAUCCACAGUGCAAGCUCUGCAGGAGUGUCCCUGUGGUGAAACCCACCCAGCACCUCUUUCUGGACCUACCCAAGCUGGAGGAGCGGCUGGAGACUUGGCUGGAGCAGUCCUGGGCCACGGGGGACUGGACGGCCAACGCUCGCUACAUCACUCGCUCCUGGAUUCGGGAUGGACUCAAACCCCGCUGCAUCACCCGCGACCUGAAGUGGGGGACGCCCGUACCCCUCGAUGGCUUCCGUGACAAGGUUUUCUACGUGUGGUUUGAUGCUCCCGUUGGAUAUUUGUCCAUUACGGCCAACUACACCGACCAGUGGGAGAGGUGGUGGAAAAACCCGCAGCAGGUUGAGCUCUACAACUUCAUGGCCAAGGACAACGUCCCCUUCCACAGCGUCAUCUUCCCCUGCUCACUCCUGGGCGCUGAUGACAACUACACCUUGGUGAACCACCUUAUUGCUACAGAGUACCUGAACUAUGAGGAUGGGAAGUUUUCCAAGAGCCGGGGUGUGGGAGUGUUUGGGGACAUGGCCAAGGACACGGGGAUCCCUGCGGACAUCUGGCGCUUCUACCUGCUGUACCUGCGACCCGAAGGGCAGGACAGUGCCUUCUCCUGGAGCGACCUCAUGCUCAAGAACAACUCGGAGCUGCUGAACAACCUGGGCAACUUCAUCAACAGAGCUGGCAUGUUCGUCUGCAAGUUCUUCGGUGGCACCGUCCCCAACAUGGUCCUGACAGCGGAUGACAAGCGGCUGUUGGCCCGUGUCACCCUGGAGCUGCGCCAGUACCACCAGCUGCUGGAGAAAGUCCGCAUCCGCGAUGCCCUGAGGUGCAUCCUCAGCAUCUCUCGCCACGGCAACCAGUACAUCCAGGUGAACGAGCCUUGGAAGCGGAUCAAGGGCAAUGACAAGGACAGGGAGCGUGCAGGCACGGUGACUGGCGUGGCAGUGAACAUGGCAUCCUUGCUGGCGGUCCUGUUGCAGCCCUACAUGCCCAGCAUCAGCCUGACCAUCCAGGGGCAGCUCUGCAUCCCCCCUGACUGCUUCAUCCUCAGCCACAGCUUCACCUGUACCCUGCCUCCGGGGCACCGUGUGGGCACUGUGAGCCCCCUUUUCCAGAAGCUGGAGAACGACCAGGUUGAAGCCUUGCGCAAGCGGUUUGGCGGGGGGCAGCCCAAACAGGCCCCUCCAGCCCCAGUGACCACUGUGACUCCAGGUGACCAUCAGCUGAUCCAGGAGCUGACAGAAAAGGUGGCCAAGCAGGGCAACCAUGUUCGGCAAUUGAAAGCCAGCAAGGCAGAGAGAGCCCAGGUGGACACAGAGGUGGCCAAGCUGCUGGAGCUGAAGAAGCAGCUGGCACUAGCAGAAGGGAAAAGCCCCGAUGUCCCCAUGCCCAAGGGGAAGCGGAAGAAAUAG